AUGGAGUGGACUCCAUUACCACAGUCUGAUCACGCAGCAAACACUGUGAAUCCUAUAAGAAGAAUCGCCGAUGCUGUUUCAGUUGCUCCAAAUCCGGAAAAACCCGUAAUUAAGCUACAUCUGGGAGACCCCAGUUUAAGUAGGAGACUUCCUCCUAGCACUGUAGCUGUCGAAGCAUUACAUGAAUCUAUCAACUCUCACAGACAUGAUGGUUAUGGUCCUGCUGUUGGAGAAUUGGCUGCCCGAGAAGCCGUUGCUCGAAGGUUUACUCAUCCAGCCUCUCCUAUUACAGCUGAAGAUGUAAUUCUGGCAAGUGGAUGCUCUCAUGCAUUGCAAAUGGCUAUUGAAGGCAUUGCCAAUCCUGGAGACAACAUUCUGAUUCCACAACCAGGAUUCCCACUUUAUUCUACCUUAUGCAAACCCCAUGGAAUAGAGGUUGCGAAUUUAAAUGUUGCUAACACGUUUUUAAGUGUUGACCGAGGCUAUAUGCUUGAUAUGAAGAAUGGAGGAUUGAUUAAUCUGGAACAUCUUGAGACGUUAAUAGAUGAGAGAACUCGAGCUCUCAUUGUGAACAAUCCUGGGAAUCCUACCGGUGUCGUGUUUCCCAGACAACACCUGGAAGAAAUCCUGGAAUUUGCGAGUCGAUAUCGUCUCGUAGUGAUCGCUGAUGAAAUAUACGGUGAUCUAACCUACGAUGGUGCUGUUUUUUAUCCUCUGGCCACGCUUUCGCCUAAGGUGCCGAUCAUAACUUGUGAUGGCAUCGCCAAACGUUGGAUGGUUCCUGGUUGGAGGUUGGGAUGGCUGAUCGUCCAUGAUCGAUUCCAUGUGCUGAGUGAAGUUCGCAAAGGACUUGUCGCCCUUUCGCAGAAAAUCGUCGGUCCCUGUUCACUUGUUCAGGGUGCUCUGCCAAAAAUUCUUGCCGACACUCCCGAUGAAUAUUUCGAACACAACAAAUUAGUAAUCUCAAAAAAUGCUUCCAUUGUGAGUAAGGUACUCAAAGGAUUGGCAGGUGUUCACUGCUUGAAACCGCACGGAGCCAUGUAUAUGAUGAUCAGCAUUGACAAAAAUGUGUACGGCGACGACAUCCAAUUUGCAUCGAACCUAAUCAAGGAAGAGUCAGUAUUCUGUCUCCCUGGAUCUGCUUUCUCAGCUCCAGGUUGGAUUCGAUUAGUUAUCACGCAAUCCGAAGAUAUUACCAAAGAGGCCGCCUAUCGUAUACGAGAAUUCUGCGGAAGACGACAAAGUACCUUCGUAGAGAUUACUGAAUCUUCCGAUGAAGGAUGUGACAUUUCUAACAGUGAAUCCGACUGA